AUGGAGGACGACGCUGUGCCAGAGGGAAACGUCAAGAUCAUCACCGGUCCAUUUGACUAUCUCCGAGCGAUUCCGGGGAAGAACAUUCGAGGGCAGAUGAUAGGCGCGUUUAAUGCUUGGCUGGACGUUCCAUCAGCGAGCCUGGAUGUGAUUACGGAUGCCGUCAACAUGCUUCACAUCGCAUCCCUCUUGGUAGAUGACAUUGAGGAUGGCUCAUCGCUCCGGCGAGGUGUACCUGUUGCACAUCAUGUAUUCGGCACACCACAGACGAUCAACAGCGCGAAUUACGUGUAUUUCCGCGCGCUCCAGGAGGUGCAAAAACUGUCAAACCCGAGGGCGGUGGAGAUUUUCACCGAGGAGCUGCUGGAACUGCAUCUCGGCCAAGGAAUGGACCUGUUUUGGCGCGACACCCUCACUUGCCCGUCGGAAAAGCAGUAUCUGGACAUGGUGGAGAAGAAGACGGGUGGCCUGUUCAGGCUCGCCGUCAGGUUAAUGCAAGGGGAGUCACGAAAGGACGCUAUGCCGCCGAAUUGCAUGCCUUUGGUCAACGCCCUCGGCGUUCUCUUCCAGAUCCGGGACGAUUAUCAGAAUUUGACGGCCAAGGCCUAUCACGACAGCAAGGGGAUGUAUGAAGAUCUGACGGAGGGAAAAUUCUCGUUUCCUAUCAUUCACAGCAUCCGCCACGAUCCGUCAAACCUGCAACUUCUUAAUAUUCUGAAGAUGAAGACUACAGAUAUUGAGGUCAAGCGGUACGCUGUGAAGCGUAUCGAGAACACCGGAAGCCUCGAGUACACCCGGCGAGUGAUACUGGACUUGAUCUGUCAAGCACGGGUCAUGUGUGACGAACUUGGGGAGCGGAACAAGCAGAUGCAUGCUCUGUUGGAUAUGCUGGCGCUGCGAUGA